UCCUGUAUUUUUUGCUUCGUUUUCUCACAUUGUUCUCUCUCUCGCGCUCGUGAGUUCGCGAUGCCUGAAUCCUCUUCUUCUCUUCUCUCAUGAUCACUGUGUUAGUUUGAGAGCUCGGUGGACAAAUCAAUGGACUCCCCUUUGAUCACUGAAGCGAGCAGCAGCGGCGGCGCUGGCGCUGGCGCUGGUUAUCAUAAGCACAAGCCAUACCAGAGGAGAUCUGAUGCCAUUGCUUAUGGCACGCGCUACCAGAAAGCAGCCGCUCUCGUCGAUCUGGCAGAAGAUGGUAUUGGUCUGCCGGAAGAAGUGUUGAAUGAUUCAAGUUUUGACAGAGCAGCAAAACUCUACUUCAUUUAUAUUAGAUUCGAUUGGGUGUGGUCCCUUAAUCUUUUCGCUUUACUCCUGCUAAAUUUCCUUGAGAAACCUUUAUGGUGUAGCACAAGUUAUGAUCAGUACGCUUGUCAGGAUAGAGAAUAUUUCUUCCUCGGACAGUUGCCUUACUUAAAUAAUGUUCAAUCUCUUAUUUAUGAGGGAAUUACUCUAUCCAUACUCAUCUUGCAUACAUUCUUUCCUAUUGCUUAUGAGGGUUUCCAUCUAUAUUGGAAGAGUCCAUCGAACAGAAUAAAGGUCGUACUUCUGCUGCUUUUAAUAUGUGACAUGUUGAUAUAUGCACUCUAUGUAUCCCCCGUGCUUCUUGCUUAUCUACCUUUGAGGAUUGCUCCAUAUGUCCGUGUUAUCUUUGUUAUCAUGACAAUACGGGAUUUACGAGGAUGUAUUGUCACAAUAGCUGGAAUGAUGGGAAUGUAUCUCAAUGUCUUGGCUCUUUCUUUGUUGUUUCUUUUAUUUGCCAGCUGGUUGGCAUACGUCACAUUUGAAGAUACUCUGCAAGGAAAAACUAUGUUUAGUUCCUAUGGUGCCACAUUAUAUCAAAUGUUUGUACUUUUCACAACAUCUAACAAUCCAGAUGUGUGGAUACCUGCAUACAAGAAAUCUCGCUGGUCUUGCUUGUUUUUCGUAUUGUAUGUGUUAGUGGCGGUUUACUUCCUCACAAAUCUCAUUCUUGCCGUUGUAUAUGAUAGCUUUAAAUCUGAGCUAGCAAAGCAAGUUAUCGAAAUGGACUCCACGAGGAGAAGGAUUCUGGAAAAGGCAUUCAAUCUUAUUGAUAUUCAUAGAAAUGGACAUCUGAACAAGGAGCAAUGUGUACAUCUGUUUGAGGAAUUAAACAAGUACAGGUCCUUGCCAAAAACUAAAAGUGAAGAUUUUGAAUUGGUAUUUGAUGAACUGGAUGAUAGCGGUGAUUUCAAGAUAAAUUUAGAAGAAUUCACAGACCUUUGCAAUGCUAUUGCGUUACGGUUCCAAAAGGAACCUUUGCCGUCAUGGUUUGAACAGUACCCGUCAUUUUACCAUUCUCAGCCAUGCAAAAAGUUCAAAGCAUUUGUCCAGGGCCCUAUUUUUGGAUACAUUGUGGCUUUUGUGCUCUUUCUGAAUCUAGUUGCUGUGAUUAUCGAAACAACGCUUGAUAUACAGAAUAGCUCUGCGCAGAAGUCUUGGCAAGCGGUUGAGUUCUUCUUCGGCUGGCUAUAUGUCUUGGAAAUGGCACUAAAAAUAUUUUCAUAUGGAUUUGAUGCUUACUGGAUGGAAGGUCAAAACCGGUUCGAUUUUAUUAUCACAUGGAUAAUAGUUAUUGGAGAGACGGCAACCUUUUGUGUGCCAUCUGGACUUGCUCUUCUUUCAAAUGGGGAAUGGAUCCGUUACCUUCUACUUGCAAGAAUGCUACGCUUGAUAAGACUUCUGUUGCAUGUUAAUCGCUAUAAAGCAUUUGUGGCCACAUUCUUAAAAUUGAUUCCAAGUUUGAUGCCUUACCUUGGAACCAUAUUUUGUGUUCUAUGUAUAUAUUGCACCCUUGGUUUACAGCUGUUUGGUGGACUAGUAAAUGCUGGAAAUCCAAUACUGGAAACCACUGAUCUCUAUGAUAAUGACUAUCUGCUCUUCAAUUUUAAUGACUACCCAAAUGGGAUGGUGACACUUUUCAAUCUGUUAGUUAUGGGAAAUUGGCAAGUGUGGAUGCAGAGUUACAAGGAGCUGACUGGAACUUCAUGGUCCCUUGCAUACUUCAUUAGUUUCUACCUCCUAACAGUUUUGUUAUUGCUCAAUUUGGUUGUGGCAUUUGUCUUGGAAGCAUUUUUUGCUGAGAUGGAGCUUGAAACUACAAAUGAGUCAGAGGAUGAUCAGGAUGCAUCUCGUCGGAAGGAUCGAAGAAGACAUGUUGGUUUCAAAACAAGAAGUCGCACAGUUGAUACUCUUCUUCAUCGGAUAUUAAGUUCAGAAUUGAGUGAGAGCCAGAGAUCUAAAUCAUAAGUUUAUGACAUCCUCAAGUGUGCAUCAUAACAUUUGUUUAUUAUCAGAUAAUUUUUAAUUUAGCUGUGUGCAUUUAAACGGUGAAAUUAGUGUUUUUGGGUUAGCCUAUUUUCAUCUUUGAGGGAAUAGCUACUUUCUGUUAUUAUAAUUCCACUUCUCAUCUUUUUAUCUAUUAUGCCCCAAAUACAAAUGUGGAUUUAAUGUAAAUUUUUCUUGAAAAGAAACAGAGAUGUACUUGCAUUGGAUAUAUAGGCCCUUAUUUAUGUGCUAAUAAAAUUAUCAAGCAGAAAGUUUGCUUUGAA